AUGUCUUUCAAGAAGGAAACCCCCCUGGCCAACGCUGUGUUCUGGGCAGCGAGGAAGGGGAACCUGGCCCUCCUGCAGCUGCUGCUGAACAGCGGCAGGGUGGACGUGGACUGCAAAGACAGUUGCGGCACCACAGCGCUGAUGGUGGCCUCCUACAGCGGCCACUACGAUUGCACCCGGGAGCUGAUCAUGCAGGGGGCCGACAUCAACCUGCAGAGAGAGACAGGUGCAACGGCUCUGUUCUACGCCUCCCAGCAAGGGCACAACGACAUCGUCAAGCUGCUGUUCGAGUUCGGGGCCUCCACCGAGUUCCAGACAAAGGAUGGUGGCUCUGCCCUCUCGGCCGCCUGCCAGCACGGUCACGCCAAGGUGGUGGAGACUCUGCUCAAGAACGGCGCCAACGUCCACGACCAGCUGCAUGAUGGAGCCACUCCCCUUUUCUUGGCCGCCCAAGAGGGUCACGUGAGCAUUAUACGCCACCUGCUGUCAGUGGGAGCUAAAGUCAACCAAGCUCGGGAGGACGGCACGGCCCCGCUGUGGAUGGCGGCACAGAUGGGACACAGCGAAGUGGUGAAGGUGCUGCUGCUGCGCGGGGCGGAGCGGGACGCCGACAGAAAGGACGGCUCGACCGCACUGUUCAAGGCCGCUUACAAAGGGCACAAUAACGUCAUCGAGGAGCUGCUGAAGUUCUCUCCGUCCCUCGGCAUGCUGAAGAACGGGUACACGGCCCUCCACGGCGCGGUCAUGGGUGGGAACCUUCGCUCGGUGGUGCUGCUGCUAGGAGCCAACGCGGACCCCACUCUACCAAACAAGAACAACGAACUGCCGGGAGACCUUACGCAGAACGAGCGGAUCCUGCGGGUCCUGCGAACACAGACGGAGACCGGAAAGAGUUGAUGACCGCCCCGAGGCCUUCGCCCCCCUGCCCCACGGCCAUUAAAUCAAAGAAGUGCACUGAGCUCCCUUCAGAGAAGGCCAGAGACACCGACAGUCUUGGCCACAUCAAUCCCCCCUUAAAGAUGCUGGUGUUUGCUUUAAAUCGCGGCUUCAUUAAAUCUGCAUUAAUUAAACAGCCAUAAUGUGAAACUCGUCGGGAGGGCAAAUUCUUAUGUACUGCACAACACAUCCCGUCUACU